ACCGAUAGUUACCCUCAAGAUAAUUUUAAGCCUAGAGUCGAUAACUCUUCUCGCGGUGAUUAUAAUCAAGAAAACAAGACCAGAAGUGAUAAUUACUCUCAAGAUAAUUAUAGGUCUAAAGGCGGUAACUCUUCUCAUGGUGAUUAUAAUCAAGAUAACUCAUGGAACAAAGACAGUAACAACAAUAAUAAUCCCAAAGAUAAUCCAUGGAAUAAGUUUAAAGCCGAUAACAUUUCUCGUGAUGAUGAUAAUGUUAAAGAUCAACCAGUUAAAAUCGAAGUCGAAAGUGAUAGUUGGGAUUCCAAACCUGUAACAGGAAAUAUCGUUUCACAAACACAAAAGCAAUGGGGAAAUAUGACAGCUGCAGAUUUAGGAUGGGAAAAACCUAAAGAGAACAUAACAUCAGCACCUGAAGGUUAUGAAAAUGGGCGAGGUCGUGGCAAUGAGCAACGAGAAAGGACACUGACAUCUGAAAAUUAUGAUAAUAGGAGAGGACGUGGUUAUGAACAAAGAGAGAGACCGGCGUCUGAAAAUUAUGAAAAUAGACGUGGUCGUGGUUAUGAACGUUAUGAACAAAGAGAUAGGCCACCUGCAUCUGAAAAUUAUGAGAAUAGGAGAGGUCGUGGCAAUGAACAAAGAGAGAGAACACCUGCAUCUGAAAAUCAUGAGAAUAGGAGAAGUCGUGCCAAUGAGCCAAGAGAAGAAAGAGGACCUAGUUAUACGAAUUCUAGUAGAACACAAUCAAACGAUGGUAAUAAUAAAUCUAGCAAUUUGGUUGAAGAAACUUGGUGGUAAACGAAGGAUGUUAAUGAAUAUUGUGUUUAUACUUUUUAAUCAUUUUCCCCGUUUCUCUUUUGUCUUUUUUGAAUAAUAAUUGCAUGUUAGCAACGUUCUAAUUAUUUUUUUUAUUUGUAAAUUUUUCGUAUCUACCUCAAUAAUUAAAAAAGCAAUAAAUAAUUUUAUUCAAUAUUAGCAUUCAAGAGAAACUUGAUUGCGAUUUG